CACUGAAGCCAUGGAAAAAGUAAAAGGACUGCUGCCUGUCUUCAUUUUAGCAAGUUUUUUUCUUGUGAGCAGUGCGCAAAACACAGGAUGCAAAGCUAGUUUGGCAGACAUUGUGUUCCUUGUGGAUAGCUCUGGUAGCAUUGGUGAUGCAGACUUCCUGAGGGUGAAGAAGUUCCUUCACACAUUCAUAGUGGAUCUUGAUAUUAAUCCCAAUAAAGUCAGAGUAGGACUGGCACAGUUUAGUAAUGAACCUCACCAAGAGUUCCUGUUGGGGAAAUAUGCUGAUAAGAACAACCUGCUGGAGAAGGUAGACAAACUCACCUACCUAAAAGGAGGCACUGAAACCGGAAAAGCUCUGCGCUUUAUUCUAAAUAAUUACUUCACUGAAGCAGGUGGCAGUCGCAUCAAAGAGAAUGUGCCUCAGAUUGCUGUGGUGAUCACAGAUGGUGACUCAGCUGAUGAGACAAAAACUCCAGCUAUGGAGCUACGGAGAAAGGGGGUGUUAAUCUUCAGCAUUGGGGUUGGUGAAGCCAGCAUACUAGGCCUGCAGUCCAUUGCUAAUAAACCAUAUCAGCAUUUUGUACAGAGUUUCGAUGAAUACGAGGGGCUGCUGAAAGCAGCCACCAGCACAGUAGAUAAAUUAUGUAUUUCAGUGGAGGCUCAGCAAGAAGCUUUAGCACCAUCGUUUGCAGAUGUGUUUGUGUUGGUGGACAGCUCAGUUGAGCAGACACAAAAGGUGAUGCAGUUUCUCAACCGCCUAGCCAAUCUACUCAACGUGGGAAGUUCAUCUAAUCGCAUGGCUUUGGCUCAGUUUGGUGAAGAUGUUUCAGUGGAAUUUCGUUUUGAUGCUUACAAAAGUAAAAAUGAAGCACUUGCACUCAUCCGCAAAUUCCGUCUCAGAGGAACUGGACAGCCCAAACUUGGAAAGGCAAUAGAUUAUGUGCACACUCACCUCUUCGACACUGAAGCAGGCAGUCGAAUUGCUCAGGGCUAUAAGCAGUACCUGCUAGUGAUAAGCAAAGGAGAAACUGAUGACAAUAUUCUUACAGCAGUCCAUACAUUAAAGGAUUAUGAAGUGUCUCUUAUCAAUGUUGACUUCAGGAGAGAGUUAAUCGAUCCACAAAAGCCUGUGUUGCCAGGAUAUACCAUCUAUGCUGCACCAAAAAAUGCUGCUGAAAUAGCACAAGAUGUGAAGAUCAUCAUUGAAACUAAAGAACAAAUUGAAGUAACUGGAGACUGCAAGUCAGUUCCGGCAGCUGAUAUAGUGUUUAUUGUGGAUGUAUCAGAUAAUAUCACGCUUCCAAACUUCAGGCUGGUCCGUAACUUUCUCCACCGGAUGAUUAAUGGCUUGGAGAUUGGCUCUGACAGUGUGCGAGUAGGAAUGGUUCUGUACAGUGAUACACCCAAAGCUGAAUUCUACCUAAACACUUUUGAAAACAAAGAGGAGAUCCUGCAAUACAUUAACCUUUUACAAUUUAGGGGUGGGCAAUCCAUUACUAGCAAGGCUCUAAAGUUUGCAAGAGAGAAACUCUUCACCAAAGACACGGGCAGCCGACGUGCCUUAGGAGUGCAGCAGAUUGCUGUGGUCAUAACAGAAGGAGACUUACUGGAUAAUGUCACAUUUCAAGCUUUUCAGCUAAGGCACAGUGGAGUCCAGGUCUAUGCCUUGGGAGUCACGAAAGAUAAUGUGGAACGCUUGGAAGAGAUAGCAUCUUAUCCUCCUGAUAGGUUUGUGUUUAGUGUAGAGAACUUUGCUAAGCUUAAUACAAUGGAAAGAAUUCUGAGGAAAAUUCUGUGCAACAAUAUUGUGCGUUCAGGUGACAAGUCCAGUACAUACAGUGUAAAGCAAGGAUGCACCCAGACAGAAGAAGCAGACAUUUAUUUCCUCAUUGACCAAUCCGGAAGUAUUUAUCCACCAUACUUUGAGGAAAUGAAGAAGUUCAUUGUUAAAUUUCUGCUGAGGUUUACUAUUGGACCAAAACAGGUCCGUGUGGGGGUGGUGAAAUAUUCAGAUCACCACAAGUUAGAAUUUAGUCUAAAUGAUCAUAAUAACAGAGACUCCCUCAUAAGAGCUGUGACCAACAUAAAUCAGGAAUUUGGAAACACAAAUACAGGGAAGGCUUUGUCUUUCAUGAGCCCACUCUUCAAGGAGGCUAAAAAGACUCGUGACAAUAAGGUUCAAGAGAUUCUCAUAGUCAUUACUGAUGGAAAGUCUGAUGAUAGUGUGAAAGAGCCAGCAGUACAGCUGAGAGAACAGGGCGUGACCAUAUACGCCAUUGGAGUGAAAGAUGCCAACAAGGAAGAGCUCUUUGAAAUGGCAGAUGACCAAAAGAGGGUGUACUUCGUCACCAACUAUGAUGCACUAAAUCCUCUCAAGGAAACAAUUGUUAAGGAUAUCUGUUCAGAACAGGCCUGCAAGAACAUGCAGCAGGCAGAUGUCAUUUUUUUGGUUGAUGGUUCGAGGAGGAUUACUAAAGAACAUUUCUCCAAGAUGAAGAAAUUUAUGAAUACAAUAGUUUCCAAUUCUACAAUUGGAAAGGAUGGUGUACACUUUGGCGUAGUGCAGUUCGGCUCAAGCCCACGGGCUGAAUUUGCCCUUAAUGCAUUUUCUGACAAACUAUCGGUGCAACAGGCCAUUACUGACAUGCAACAGCUGGGCGGUGGCACUAUGACCGGGAGUGCACUCGGUAUUUUAUCAGAUUACUUUAGUCCAGCAAAAGGUGGUCGACCCAGCAUUCUACAGAUCCUCAUUGUGAUCACGGGUGGUGAAUCUCAGAAUGCCGUUGCUCAGCCUGCACAAGCCCUCAGAGAAAAGGGUGUUACAAUAUACUCUAUAGGAUUACUUAAUGCUAACAGCAUACAACUGCGAGAGAUCAGCGGAACACAGGAAAAUGUUUAUCUGGAAAGAGAUUUUGAUGCAUUGGACUUAUUAGAUAAAGAUCUCUUGCUUAAGAUCUGCACUUCUGUUGAUGAUUGCCAGAAAUCACAAGUAGCAGAUGUCGUCUUCUUAGUGGAUGAUUCCACAAGCAUUAGCGAUGAUAGCUUUAUGAGUAUGAAGUACUUUAUGAACUCAGUGGUGAACUCCACACAGGUUGGAAGAGACAGUGUCCGUUUUUGUACUAUUCUCUACUCUGAUGGAGCAGAGGCCAAAUUUUCCCUUAAUCAGUACUACAGUAAACGGGAAGUACGGGACGCUAUAAAUAAUCUAAAGCACAGUCGUGGGAACACGUACACGGCCAAAGCACUCCUUUACUCACUGACCUACUUUAGUGAAGCCAGUGGUGGGAGAGGUGCAAAAGGUGUCCCACAAAUGAUGUUCGUCAUCACAGAUGGUGAGGCCACAGACCCACAUGAUUUACCCAAAGCUUCUAAUGAACUUAAAAACUAUGGUAUUAGUGUUUAUGGUAUUGGAGUGGCUCAAGCAAAAACAACUGAGCUAGAAAUCAUAACCAAAGACAAAAACAAGGUCUUCAAGGUUGAUGACUUUGAAGCGUUAAAGGCCCUUCAACAAAACAUUUCCAGUGUGAUCUGCAACAACACAAAACCAGAGUGUGAGAAAGCAUCAGCUGACUUGGUUAUAUUGAUUGAUGGGUCUCUAAGUAUUGAUGAUCUGUCAUGGAAGACCAUGAUCAAUUUUAUGCUUAGCCUCAUCGACAAUCUACGCAUCAAGCAAGAUCUCUUUAGAAUUGGUGUAGCACAGUUCAGUACAGAGUACAGAAAGGAAUUUUACUUGGAUAAAUAUUCUAACGAGCUUGAGAUGAAGAAGGCUAUUCAGGACAUCACGCAAAUUAAAACACAUACACACAUUGGAGCUGCUCUUAAAAAAGUGCAAGAGUUUUUCGACACUAGUAAAGGGAGCCGCAUUCAAGAUGGAAUUUCACAGAACCUACUCUUGAUCACUGAUGGAGAAUCACAGGACAGGAUUGAUGAUGCAGCCGAUAAAUUGAGGGCCAAGGGCAUUCAGAUGUUUGUGAUUGGAAUAGGCAAAGUCUCAGUCCCAGAGCUCAACUACAUUGCUGGGUCACCUGAAAGGGUUUAUACUGUAGACAAUUUUGACCACCUCAAAUUAAACAGAACAACACAGCUGGUGAUCAAUAAAAUUUGCACACACGAUGAAGCAGGGUGCACUGUCGAUAUUGGUAUUGGAUUUGAUAUCUCACAUAGUAGUUCAAGCUCACAGUCACUCUUUAAUAGCCAAUAUAAGCUGCAGGCCUACUUACCUGAGAUUAUAAGAUACAUCUCCACUGUGAACAACUUGUGCUGUGUACCCCAGAUACGAUCUUUGCCAACCAACAUUGGUUACCGUUUGGUUGCUAGCAAUGGCAGGAUAUUGUAUGACCCUAAUUUUGAGCAUUACAAUGAAGAAAUAGUGGCGAAGGUAAUUGCUCAAAUGACUCAAGAACUGGUCUUUAACACCAAACUCCUUGACACUUUUGAGGAAAAGUUUGCUGGUUCUGGAGCUGGUGUAAAGGUAGUGAUCAUUUUCACCGAUGGCCUGGAUGCACCUGUUGAUGACCUCAUAUUUGCGUCCAAGAACCUCAAGAAAAGUGGAGUUCAUGCACUGAUUCCAAUAGCUCUAAUGAGAGACCAAAACCUCAUGGAUCUACAGAAGGUGGCGUUUGGACGAGGAUUUGGCUACCAUGAGCCUCUUAUGGUCAACAUGAAAAAUGUGGGCAGUGCUUUGCAGAAGCAGAUUGAGACUGUGGCCUCGCGAGAGUGCUGUAAUGUGAUGUGUACAUGUUCUGGUCAUGAAGGGGUACAAGGACCUCCAGGACUUCCAGGGACUAAGGGCCCCCCUGGAUGGCGUGGACAUCCUGGAUUUCCUGGAGAAGAAGGAGGAAUUGGGGAGAGAGGGCCACAAGGUCUGAAUGGAACUCAAGGACAUUCAGGCUGCCAUGGGAAAAGAGGUCAAAAGGGUAGCAGAGGCUACACAGGUGAUGCAGGUAUAGAUGGAGAAAAUGGUGUGGGUGGAAUUGAUGGUGAACAGGGUGAGACUGGAUUAGCAGGAUACCCAGGAGAGCGGGGCGAUCCAGGCCACCAAGGCAACAAGGGUAUCCAAGGAAUUCCAGGUGACCCAGGACAAAAAGGACUGCAAGGAGAUCCGGGUGAGUCAGGCAUUGACAACAGUUUGCGUGGACCUAAGGGUGAGAAUGGAUACCCAGGCCCACCGGGACAGCCAGGACUAGAUGGAACUUCAGGCAGGCCUGGAGAUACUGGCAGACCUGGUCAAAAUGGAAGAAGAGGCACUGCGGGUCUAAUAGGUACUCCAGGACCUCCAGGAGAGCCAGGAAUAAGAGGACCCCCUGGAGCUUCAGGGCCACAGGGUCCAGUGGGUCCUGAUGGUAAUUUAGGUCCUGGUGGAAUGCCUGGUUUUCCAGGAUCUCAGGGAUCUCCUGGCACUCAAGGAAAUGUUGGAUCUAAAGGAAGUACAGGGCAGAGGGGACAAAAGGGUCAGCCAGGGGAACCUGGAAAUAAAGGAGCAGCUGGGCCAAUGGGGCCCAGAGGACUUCCAGGAAGUGAUGGUCCAGAUGGAUAUGGGGUACCAGGACUUAAAGGAAAGAAGGGAGAUCCUGGUUUUCCAGGAUAUCCUGGUCUACAGGGUGAUCCGGGAGAUCCUGGGAAAAAUGGAGGUAAUGGUCCUAAAGGCAGAAGAGGAAGAGGGGGAAAUGCAGGCAGGCCAGGAGAACCGGGUAAUCCUGGUGACCUUGGACCAGCUGGACACAGGGGCUCUAAAGGACCACCAGGAACCAGAGCAAUGACUACUUGUCAAUUGAUCAGCUACGUACGAGACAACUGUGUCUGCUGUAAAGAUAAAGCAACUUGCCCUGUCUACCCCACUGAACUGGUGAUUGGUUUGGACAUGUCUGAGGACAUGACUCCUGCAUUAUUUGGGAGAAUGCGCUCAACUCUUCUUUCUCUGUUGGAUAGCAUUGAUAUCUCUGAAAGCAACUGUCCCACAGGGACACGAGUGGCUGUGGUCUCUUACAAUUCAAACACCAAAUACCUCAUUCGUUUUUCUGACUAUCGCCAUAAGAACGACUUGGUGGAAGCUGUGAAGAACAUCCCUCUGGAACGUACAUCCAACAGACGCAAUAUUGGUGCAGCCAUGCGCUUUGUGGGUAGAAAUGUCUUUAAACGUGUUCGCCAGGGGGUUCUGAUCAGGAAGGUGGCGAUCUUCCUUUCUGGUGGACAAUCCCAGGAUGUGACAUCUAUAAUUACGGCUGUUUUGGAAUACAAGGCUCUGGAUAUAAACCUUGGUGUUAUUGGUUUCAGGGAAACUCCUAAUGUUCAGCGUGCUUUUCAGGCCGAUGAGACAGGAAGCUUUAUUAAUGUGCUGGAGAGAUCACAGAACCAGAGUACAGCACUUGAGAAGAUCCAGCGAUGCAUCAUCUGCUUUGAUCCUUGCAAUCCAGCUACAGAUUGUCCCAGCACCAGUGAGAUGCCCACUCCAGAGCAGGUAAACAUGGACGUGGCGUUGUUGGUGGAUGGUUCUCGGAGCAUCCAGGCAGAUCAGUAUGAGGGAGUGAAGCAAGUGUUGGGCGCCGUGUUGGACCAGUUUGUAGUGAGUGAUCAGCCCAGCAAAGCUGACAGACAGGCACGGGUGGCGCUUUACCAGCAGAGCUCAUCAUACAGUGAGGCCCAGGCUUCAGUCAAGCAAAUAUUUAAUUUUCAGCAGUUCCAUGACCGCAACCUGAUGAAGCAGAGCAUCUUUGAAAAUCUACAGCAGACUGGUGGAUACUCCAGGUUGGGUCAUGCCAUAGAACACGUAAUCAUGCAGGGCCUCCUUACUGUUUCCAGGCCUCGAAAAAACAAGAUGUUGCUGCUUAUAGUUGGAGGAGAGGCAGAAUAUUUGGAUAGAGAAAAACUGGACUUUAUCUCCAUGAAAGCAAAGUGUCAGGGUGUGGUGCUUUUCACUCUUACAGUCGGGAAUCACUUUAACAGCACACAGGUGGAGGAGCUUGCCAGCAUUCCCACAGAGCAGCACAUAGUUCACUUGGGCCAUGUAAAGCAAGGAGAACAGGAAUACACUCGACGCUUUAUAAGGACUUUCCUACACAUUCUGAAACGAGACAUGAACACCUAUCCUGCUCCAUUGCUUAAAAAACAAUGUGAGCAACAGCAAGGUCUUAUCCCUGAGGCUGCAAAGAUGACACUCAGUGAUGGGAUUCCUUCGACAACAUUAAUAUACAAAGAGCAUGAAUUAGAGGAGGAGAAAGAAGAAUAUUCAGCUCAUGAAGAAUAUGUUGAACAUACUCAGAUGGAGACUGAAUACGAAACUUGGGACUUGUUGCCUCCAGGACAUAGAGAUUCAAAUGAUGUGUGUUACCUGAAAAAAGAUGUAGGGCCCUGCAAAAAAUAUGUAACCAAAUGGUUCUAUGAUCAAGAGAAGAACAAGUGUAUUCGCUUCAUUUAUGGAGGAUGCAAUGGGAAUCUUAACAGAUUUGACACUCAGUAUGAAUGUGAAACCCGCUGUGUGGACAUUUUCAAAUGAUUCCCUCUUUUCUCUGGUUAUAUACUAAAUGAUGGCACAGUAGUAUGACAAUAUUUUUACUAUGUAAUAUCAAAAUUACUGUACAUUGCACUCAUUAAAGCUCCUGCUUCUUUUUUGCCCUAACUGAAGUAAAAACAUUUACAUUCCACAUCCAUGAAAUGAUAGAAGCAUUUUAUUUUGCUGUAAAUAAAACCUUUAUACUAAGUUA